AUGGUAGCAUUGGACAAUUCAUCUUCACCAAUUAGUGGAGUUUUCAACGAAGGAUCGUCGUCGUCGUCGCCUAGCCCUAAGAAAAAUACAAAGAAAAUGUCAAAGUUUGAUUAUUCUAAAGCGGAGGGCUUACCAAACACGGUUUUGGAGAAGAUUCAUAAGUUAGGGGGAGAUGGUGUAGUUUUGAUUAUUCAAAAAACUUUACGUGCUACUGACUUAAACGACCAUCAUGGUCGUGUUUCACUCCCUAAGAGUGAAAUGAAUCCCAGUUCGUUGAUGUUCCUUAAUCCCGUCGAGAGAGAAUAUCUCAAUUCAGAUGGUGACAAAAAUGGUAGAGCGAAAAUGGUUGUAGGGUUCAUCGAACCAUCUGGAAAAAUGAACGAAAUAACAUUGGGAACGUGGAAAGUGGGAGAAAAUAAAGACAAAACAAUGAAACGAAUGUAUAACUUGAUGCAUACUUGGAAUGACGUAGUAAAAGAAAACAAGUUAAAAGCAGGACGAUUAAUUCAACUUUGGGCUUUUCGAGUUCAAUUCAAACUCUGGUUUGCUCUAGUUCCUGUUUAG